UAGCAAAAUAAUGGAGAAGAAGAAAAUGAAUGCAGUGGCAGCUAUGGCUAUGGUGUUGAUGAUCCUUUUAUCGGCCAACAUGGGCAUAGUCGGUGUUGCUGCUCAAGGCGUCAAUUGCUAUGAUAACUGCAACACCGGAUGCGCCGGUCUCCCAUCCAAGGAGUAUCUGAAAUGUGAUAAGAAGUGCCACAAAAGGUGUGGAGAUGAUGACAAAAUUGAUGGGAACAUUGGUUGAAACUUGAAAGUGCUGAAAUUUACUAGCAAGCUAUGGAGGCUAUUAUUGUAGGGAGUUCCAUAAUUAUAGUUGUCUCUUCGAUAAUAUUUAUUUGGAAAAAUAAACGUUACUUAUACGUGUAUGUUUUUAAUACUAUGACUUUUUGCUGUAAGAUGCAUUGUAUGUUUGAUGAAACUAUGUACUACUAUUUGAAAUUAUAAUUGCCAGUUCAAUAAGCAAAGCUAGUCGAGUCA